GCGGUCAGGGAGCGAGAUGGGGAAGAUGGCGGCGGUCGUGGGUUCUGUGGCAUCGCUGGUGACAGAACCUGGGGAGGACGCUUUUCGAAAACUUUUCCGCUUCUACCGACAAAGCCGACCCGGCACCACAGACCUGGGAGGGGUCAUCGACUUCUCGGCGGCCCACGCAGCCCGCGGCACGGGUCCUUUUGCCCAUAAGGUCGUCAGAUCUCAGUUAAGUGUGUCCUCAGUGAGUGAGCACGAUGCACAUAGAGCAGGACUUCAGCCAGUCAGCAAGUGGCGAGCCUAUGGACUUGAAGGCUAUCCUGGGUACCAGUGGCACUGGGUAAAGCAGUGCCUAAAGUUAUACUCCCAGAAACCUAAUGUGUGUAACCUGGACAAACACAUGGCUAAAGAAGAGACCCAGGAUCUGUGGGAACAGAGCAAAGAGUUCCUGAGGUAUAAAGAAGUGAAUAAACGGAGACCCCGAAGUCUACUAGAGAAAUUGCGCUGGGUAACCCUAGGCUACCAUUAUAACUGGGACAGUAAGAAAUACUCAGCAGAUCAUUACACACCUUUCCCUUCUGACCUGGCUUUCCUCUCAGAGCAAGUAGCCGCUGCCUGUGGAUUUCAGGGUUUCCAAGCUGAAGCCGGUAUCCUGAAUUACUACCGCUUAGAUUCCACAUUAGGAAUCCAUGUAGACAGAUCUGAACUAGAUCACUCCAAACCCCUGUUGUCAUUUAGCUUUGGACAGUCUGCCAUCUUUCUUCUAGGUGGCCUCAAAAGAGAUGAGGCCCCCACAGCCAUGUUUAUGCACAGUGGUGACAUUAUGGUGAUGUCAGGUUUCAGCCGCCUGUUGAACCAUGCAGUCCCUCGAGUUCUUCCACAUCCUGAGGGAGAAGGCCUACCUCACUGCCUGGAGACACCUCUCCCAGGUGUCCUCCCCAGAGAUUCACUGGUAGAGCCCUGUUCUGUGGAGGACUGGCAGGUAUGUGCCAGCUACUUGAAAACUGCUCAUGUUAACAUAGUCAUGUUAACACCAACAGGUAUUAGCCACAGACCAGGACUUCCCUUUGGAACCCGUGGAGGAGAAAAAAAGAGACAUCACCAUAGAAGGUUCCUGCCAUCUGGAUGA